GACAUCACAUUGCCUCCACCUCCCUCCCUGAUAGAAGAGAGAAAGAAGAAGAAGAUUCUAGAAGUCACCAGAGAGAUCACUGAGCUGCUGACAGGAGAGGUUCCUAUAAGGUGUCAGGGUGUCACUGUCUAUUUCUCCAUGGAGGAGUGGGAGUAUUUAGAAGGACACAAGGAUCUCUACAAGGACGUCAUGAUGGACAAUCAGCCGCCCCUCACAUCACCGGAUGGAUCCAGUCAUGGGAACCCACCAGAGAGAUGUCCCCGUCCUCUGUAUUCCCGGGAUUCCACACAGGAAGGUCACACCAUCCCUCACCAUCAUCAGAGUGGAAACCUGAGAGAUCCUAAAGUUGAGGUUAAAGAAGAGAUAAAAGAGAGGAGGAUGAGGGAUGGGGGGAUGGAGGAGUCAGGCUUCUAAAAGAACACAAAGAUCUGUACCAGGACACCAUGGUGGAGUCAUCCAGCUACAGGAACCCACCAGAGAGAUGUCCCCAGUCCUCUGUAUUCCCGGGAUUCCACACAGGAAGGUCACACCAUCCCUCACCAUCAUCAGAGUGGAAUCCUCGGGGAUGAUAAUAUUGAUGUUAAAGAAGAGUAUAAAGAGGAGGAUGAGGAGUAUGGAGUGAUGGAGGAGUUUUCAGAAGGACACAAGGAUAUGAUGGAGCCACCUAAUACCAGGAACCCACCAGAGAGAUGUCCCCGUCCUCUGUAUUCCCAGGAUUCCACACAGGAAGGUCACACCAUCCCUCACUAUUACAAGAGUGGAGAUCCAAUCGAUAUAGAAUUUGAGGUGAAAGCAGAAGAAGAAGAGGCGUAUGU